AUGUGGCAGUCCUCUAGGGCUUACUGCAUAGCCUCUCUAGCGGCUCUCUGUCUCGGCCUGAUGGCCAUCUCUCCAGCAACCAGCGACAUGGCUGAUAGCGUUGACAUGAUGUGGGGCAACACACAGGUGCUCUAUGAUAGCUCCGGCCGCCAAAUGGUGUCACUCUCCCUCGACUGCUGGACCACCUCUGCGUUCCGCUCCAAGAGCAAGUACCUCUUUGGGAGGUUCGACAUUGACAUCAAGCUUGUCCCCAAGGACUCAGCUGGCACUGUCACCACAGUAUAUAUGGUAACAGAGGGGCCAUGGCAAUACCACGACGAGAUUGACCUUGAGUUCCUGGGGAACACCACCGGUGAACCAUACACCCUGCACACUAACAUCUAUGCAAGAGGGAAAGGUGACCGAGAGAUGCAGUAUCGUCUUUGGUUUGAUCCUACUGCAGACUUCAACACCUACUCAAUCAUAUGGAACCCGCAUAUGAUCUUCAUCUGGGACGCUGACGAAUGGGCAACCCAGGGCGGACGCAUCAAAACUGACUGGUCCCAUGGGCCCUUCACAGCCUUCUUCCGGAACUACACCGCCAACGCUUGUGUCCCAUACAAUAGAGCCUGGAUUUGCGGCCAGGAUUCCGGCGAUAGCAGUUGGUUCAACCAGGAGUUGGAUGAGGAGGGGGAGCAAAAACUGAAUGAUGUCAAUGCUAAAAACAAGAUAUAUGACUACUGCACUGACCCGAGGAGGUUUCCUAACGGAUACCCUCCAGAAUGUGGGUCACAGUAG